CUACAGACAAUGUGGUUGCUGUUGCCCAUUUUUGAUCUAAAAUCAUUUAGCCGCUUGUGUUCACCUAUUUUAUCAGUUUUAUAUUUGUUUAUUUAUGCAAUGCUUUUGACACAAAAAUAAAUACAUACAUAAUACCACAGCAAUUGGCUGCAGAACUGACGUAAUAACAACUUCCCGAUAUGUAGGUGGGAUCCAGUACUGCUAUGAAACAGCAGAUACUAUGAACUGUUUCCUGUGGCAUCCAGACAACCACAUUGACUCUGCACAGGAAAUUUUCUACAGACUGAAUUUCUAAGGUUCCUGAAGAUUGCAAUCAAAAUGUCAGGAAUGUCUGAUGAUGGUAAAUGCAAACUUCCAAUUGAUGGGCUCCUCAUGACUUUUGAAGUCAUUUUUUACAGCCUGUUCACUUUCUUUGGGAUCAUAUUCAACACGAUUGCCUUAUGGGUGUUUUGCUUCAGAUUCCGCAAAUGGACAGAGCCUAGAAUUUACAUGAUCAGUUUAGCUCUUGCAGACUAUACGCUUGUCCUCACCUUACCAUUCAUAAUGUAUUUUCACAAAACGAACUGGCCUACUGAUAGUUUUUGCUUAGUCAUAUUGAUAAUACAUUGCAUCAAUAUGCCAAUGAGCAUCAGUACUAUCACACUAAUAGCGUUGGACAGAUAUGUUGCAAUCAAGCAUCCUCUAAAAGCCAAAGUAAUACGGUCUCCGAGGAAGGCAGCCAUCAUCUCUUUAUUUUUUUGGAUCUGUUGUUUUAUUUAUGGAAUUACACUCCUUUCCCUUUCAGGAGGAAACGAGAUUUGUUUUUUUCAGUUUUCGGAUGGACAAUCCUUGCAUCAUAUCCCUAUCAAAUUUACCAUUUUCUUUUGCAUACCAUUGGUAAUUUUGUUGUUUUGUUCCACACAAGUCAUCCGAUGCCUCAAGAAGAAACAGAAUGCUAGUCUACAUGAAGAAAAGUUAACCCAGAAAGCCAUCUUGGUGAUCUCUGUGAACUUGGGCACCUUUAUCAUAUGCUUUUUGCCUUUCAACAUAAGCCUGCUACUUCAAUAUAUAAUGAAUGCCGCUGACUGUGAGGUGCGCCGCAUUUUCAGCAAUACCACACAUGCAACUUCAUUCAUGGCAAAUCUGAAUUGCUGCUUGGAUGCUAUUUGCUAUUAUUUGGUUGCUAAGGAAUUCCAGGAAGCUGCAUCUCUUUUACCUGCCCUUAAAUCAAUGCAGUCAAAGUCCAAUCUAACUGAAAUGCAGUCAAAGUCCAAUUUAACUGAAGAUUUACAACUUUAGAGCUAAAUUGAUAAAAUGAUGCUGUCUUUUGAAAAUGCCUGCAGACUUGUCUUUGGAAUGCUAUGGAACUUAUCCCACGUCCACACCCCCGUUUAAAAACUUCUAAGCCACUGAGGCAAUGAAAAGUGAUGGAGCCCAUUCCACGAUGCAGGGGGAUUUCCUGUCUGCGUCCAUCACGACUCGGAAGUCAAAUGUAAGAAAUGAUCAUAAAAAAGGGAAGGGGAAAAAGACCAUCUGAGAUCAUCGUUGGACUCUCGAACUGGGAUUUUCCAUUUCAAAAGUACAAAAACAUGAGGGAUAAGAGCUGUCAGAAUCGCCCACAUUGAAUCAAAUCUAUGACGUGGGCAAAUGGGCUGUCCUGUGGCUGGUGUCCUAACCAGCCGGUUUUUAAAGAAGAAGGUUUUUAAAAUCGUCAGGGGCUGCUGUGAUUUUAUAUGCUCUUAAUGAUGUUCAAAACCAUUUCAGUACUUAUAUAUUUGUAUAGUUUAAAUUGUAUUGCUAUGCUUUACUUGUAAGCCGCUUUGAAUUUCCGUAUGGAGAGAAAAGGUGGAAUAUAAACAACAACAACAUACUUGUUUGUUUCUUGUGUAUCAUUAAUACACAUAUAAAUCUUUGGUGGAUAUAUA